CAGCUCAGGUGUUUGUGUCUGUGUGAACAGGUAGCUGUGCCACUGCUCUUGUGGGUGUGGUGAGUGCGCUGUUUGCACUCACAGUAUCCUCUCCCUUCCCUUUUCCCUCUGCUCUCUAUCUGACGUCUCUUGCUCACUAUCCUGUUGGCUCCACUGUACCCUGCUGUUCAGACUCCACUCUCAUCUCCACACUGCCAGCCCUGCCAGAGACCACAUCGCCAGCAUUUUGGAUUCUGUUUACUUGCUAUGUAGAGAGACAGAGGGAGUUAAAGGGAUAUAAAGAGCGAGAGAAGGAUAGAGCAUGAGCAAGAUGGAUCGAGACAGACGUUAGCGGGCGGCUGAUUACAUGCCCUGUGUGUGUGUAACAGGCCCCCAGGAGGAGGCUUUGCUGGGCUCGUCUGGGACAGGAUGGGCAUCCCCAGAGGAGCUAUCGGAUCAGGCCUCCCAGGCACAGCAUUUUGAGCGGCUGGCCCAGCUUUGCAUCAUGAGUAAAAGACCUCAUCUCGCUUUAGAGUACAGUGGGAAAGCCACUAAGAUCCAUCAGAGAGCCUUUGGCAACGACCACCCCAUCACAGACAAGAGUCUGGAGCUGCUGGCCACCGUCUACGCAGAAAUUGGAAAAACAGAAUACUCAGAUUCCCUAGGCCAGUGUGUGUCAGCGCUUUCCAAGAGGUUUGCUGCUGCCGAGUCCUUCAGAGACACACUCAACAACGGUCUUUCCCACUCCCAUUCCCACCGGGAUAAACGCUCCGAGGUCCGGCACAGGAAAGACCCCCGCCCACUGGUGGACACACCAAAACCCAAGGUCAUCAACGGUAAAACCCCCAUGUCCAUACUGAAGAGGUCUGGCUCAGGAUCAGACUCAGAGCCCAGCCACAGACGGAAAGGCGAGCGGCGGGUCCGGUUCAGGGAGCCUGAAACCACUGUGCAUGCCUAUGACACGUCACCGCCCAGCCCCCACCUGGCCCUGUUCACCUGCCUGUUCCUGCUGAUGUCACUGCUGGGCGUGGCCAUGUUCUGCACGGACCGCCGGCGCCCACAGCGUGUCUGUGAGGAGCUGGAGGCCUCGCUGGCUGUCUACCUGAUACACAUAAAACAGCUGCUGUGGGGCUGCUGGAUCUGGCUAACCAUGCAGUGACUGGGUCCCACCAGAGGGGGAGACGUGGAGGACUGCAUUCACUCUCUUCAUUACAUGUCCCUUGAGGUGCCCUACCUAGCCUGGUCCACGAGCACCUCAGUCAUACACACUGACUAUCUAUCUAUGGUGUUGAGAUGUGCACCCCUAAUGCUAUGCUCACACCCAUAUAUGGAGAAAUGUGUAAUCCCAGAGAUAUUUAGCCUCCAUGCCUGUAUACUGUAUGUACCUAGGUGGUGGGUAUGCUACCAUGUUCGUUUUGUUGAUAAGACAUUUUGCACAUCAGCAAUGUCGAUGCUCACUGGUAUGCUCACUUAAUUGCUACAAUAAUUUACAUGUUCCUUUCUUGGCACAAUCUAUUGUGAGUGAAUGUUUCAUGGAAUGCCAAAUUAAUUAUAUUUAUUGAAUUACAAUGCUAUGUCAUUUGUGUACUUAAAAGCUAACUACAGAUAUGAAUGUGUAUAUACCGUAUACUAAGGACUAUCACAAUAUUACGCCUUGUUAUUGCACAUAAUUGAAUGUAUAAAGUGUGAAAAACUGCUUAGAGUUGGCACAAAACACCCUUACCGUCUAAAAUAAGGAUUAUGGAUUGAGUCAAGCACAAUGUGACCACCUUCUGAAAAGGAUUGCUGACACAGGCACAGGACUGCUUCACUUCACAGUGCCAGGUUAAACUAGCAAAUUGACAAAGCCAUCUUUCUUUUACAGCAUAAAUACUGCAGUCCGGUGUUUCCUACCUCGGUCCUCGGGACCCCAAG